AUGGCUGAAGCCGGACUCUUCACCGACGACCUCGUCUCCCCCACCGUCGCCGCUGCUCUUCCCGAGGGCUACAUCGUACGGGCCCUUCGUCAAUCCGAUUACAACACCGGUUUCCUCGACUGCCUGCGUGUCUUGACCACCGUUGGUGAGAUUGGCGAGGCCCAAUUCGCCGAACGCUACCAAUGGCUGUCCAAGAGUGACGGAUACUACAUCCUCGUCAUUGAGGACACAAAUACCAAGACCGUUGUCGGAACCGGCGCCUUGAUCGUCGAGCGCAAGUUCAUCCAUAACCUUGGCCUCGUCGGCCACAUCGAAGACAUUGCCGUUGCAAAGGAUCAGCAGGGCAAGAAGCUCGGCUUGCGCAUCAUCCAGGCUCUGGACUUCAUCGCAGCCAAGGUCGGUUGUUACAAGAGCAUCCUUGACUGUAGCGAGGCCAACGAGGGCUUCUACGUCAAAUGCGGCUUCAGGAGAGCCGGGCUCGAGAUGGCCCACUACUACGAGGGAGACAAGAGUAAGGCCCAGUAG